GAGAGACACACACAGCAAACAUGAUUACCACGAACAGAAUGGCCAUGAGAGCCCAGAAAGGCAGGCCCCAGGCUCUGGUUUGUCAAAUAUGCCAGCGAACUGGGUCCCCUAGCCCUGUGCCUCGCUCGCUAUUUGUUCGGACCUAUUCCUCCCCAUCAAUUCGGAACGUGCAUCGCGAGCAAUUCCAGCCAAGACAGUAUUCGUGGACAUAUACAAACCGGAUCCCCAGACGAUUCUACUCGAGCCAAGCAGAACAACCCACAACACCUCAAUUGGACAAUGCCAUCGCCCAGGUCGCUCGAGCGUGUUCCCACCUCUGCAAGGCAGAAGGCGUGCCCUCCAACGACGCAGUUGUGCAACUGCUACAAAAAAGCGAGAGCAUAGCAGAGAUGAUCGCCCAACCCACAACCGCGCAACCCAAACAAAAGUCGGGCGAAUUCUCGUCCCUGUUCGACCUCGACGAGCAGACGAGCGCCACGAAAAAACAGCGGCAGCAACAACCACAACGGCCCAAGCAAACCCCAGAGCAACUAUCCAAGCAGCUCUGCCGGGCGGUGCACGAUCUGCUGACGGACGAGAAGGUCUUCAUCUCGCCCGAAGCCCUCGCCUCGUACACCAAGAUUCAUGUGCUGCUCCAACAGCCGAACCACUUCCCCGAGAUCUUCCACCUGUAUGCCAACAAGCCGAUCCCGGUGGAGAAUAGCUCGCCCGUGCGCUUCAGCAAGCCCGAUCCAAAGAGUAUCAACAGCGCCAUCCCGCUGGAGCUCGCCAACGCGGCGCUGGACGUGGCCAUCGCCCAGCGCAACCUCUCUCUCGUGCUGGCGAUCAUCGACACUACCUUCUCCGCCCCGGCCUUCCGCCGCGCCAAAGCCUACAAGAAGGCUGCUCUGCCGCUGGGUGGCUUGACGGCCGCCCCGGCUGCCUGCUACAUCCUCGCCACAUGGGCCGGCAGCCUCCAGAACACGAUGGAUCCCAGCACGGCGACGGGCAUCGCCUUCGCGGCGGGGCUCGCAUACGUUGGCGGACUCACCUCGGUUGGGUUGGUGGCCAUCACCACGGCUAACGACCAGAUGGAGCGCGUCACUUGGCUUCCUGGCAUCCCCCUGCGGCAGCGGUGGCUCCGCGAAGAGGAGCGCGCGGCGUUCGAUAAGGUCGCGCUCGCGUGGGGUUUCAAGGAUAUCUACCUGAGAGGUGAAGAAGAAGGCGAGGAAUGGGAGCAACUGCGCGAGUUCAUCGGCAUGAGAGGGAUGAUCUUGGACCGGACGGAGUUGAUGGAGGCGCUUCGCUUCCAUACUGAUAUCAUGCUUAAACAAAAGUACGAGUCUACGAAAUGA